ACCAGCAGGAUCCUUGGGUGAAAGAAAAUCCUGCUUGAUAAAAACCAUCACUUACGAAAAGAUGUCCUUUGGGGGAGCCAAGCUGAGCAUGAGGAACAGAAGGAACGGCAUUCUGGACAGCACCCGGACCCUGUACUCCAGCGCGUCUCGGAGCACAGACUGGUCUUACAGUGAAAGCGACUUGGCGAAUUUUAUUCAAGCAAAUUUUAAGAAACGAGAAUGUGUCUUCUUUACCAAAGAUUCCAAGGCCACGGAGAAUGUGUGCAGGUGUGGCUAUGCCCAGAGCCAGCACAUGGAAGGCACCCAGAUCAACCAAAGCGAGAAAUGGAACUACAAGAAACACACCAAGGAAUUUCCUACGGACGCCUUUGGGGAUAUUCAGUUUGAGACACUGGGGAAGAAAGGGAAGUAUAUCCGUCUGUCCUGCGACACGGACGCAGAAAUCCUCUACGAGCUGCUGACCCAGCACUGGCACCUGAAAACACCCAACCUGGUCAUUUCCGUGACCGGGGGCGCCAAGAACUUCGCCCUGAAGCCGCGCAUGCGCAAAAUCUUCAGCCGGCUCAUCUACAUCGCGCAGUCCAAAGGUGCUUGGAUUCUCACGGGAGGCACCCAUUAUGGCCUGAUGAAGUACAUCGGGGAGGUGGUGAGAGAUAACACCAUCAGCAGGAGUUCAGAGGAGAAUAUUGUGGCUAUUGGCGUAGCAGCUUGGGGCAUGGUCUCCAACCGGGACACCCUCAUCAGGAAUUGUGAUGCUGAGGGCUAUUUUUCAGCCCAGUACCCUAUGGAUGACUUCACGAGAGACCCUCUGUAUAUCCUGGACAACAACCACACGCAUUUGCUGCUCGUGGACAAUGGCUGUCAUGGACAUCCCACCGUGGAAGCAAAGCUCCGGAAUCAGCUAGAGAAAUACAUCUCUGAGCGCACUAUUCAAGAUUCCAACUAUGGUGGCAAGAUCCCCAUUGUGUGUUUCGCCCAAGGAGGUGGAAAAGAGACUUUGAAAGCCAUCAAUACUUCCAUCAAAAGUAAAAUUCCUUGUGUGGUGGUGGAAGGCUCGGGCCAGAUCGCUGAUGUGAUCGCCAGCCUGGUGGAGGUGGAGGAUGCCCUGACAUCUUCUGCCGUCAAGGAGAAGCUGGUACGCUUUUUACCCCGCACGGUGUCCCGGCUGCCGGAGGAGGAGACUGAGAGUUGGAUCAAAUGGCUCAAAGAAAUUCUUGAAAGUUCUCACCUAUUAACAGUUAUUAAAAUGGAAGAAGCUGGGGACGAAAUUGUGAGCAAUGCCAUCUCCUACGCUCUAUAUAAAGCCUUCAGCACCAAUGAGCAAGACAAGGAUAACUGGAACGGGCAGCUGAAGCUUCUGCUGGAGUGGAACCAGCUGGACUUAGCCAAUGAUGAGAUUUUCACCAAUGACCGCCGAUGGGAGUCUGCUGACCUUCAAGAAGUCAUGUUUACGGCUCUCAUAAAGGACAGACCCAAGUUUGUCCGUCUCUUUCUGGAGAACGGCUUGAACCUGCGGAAGUUUCUCACCCACGAUGUCCUCACUGAGCUCUUCUCCAACCACUUCAGCACCCUUGUGUACCGGAAUCUGCAGAUCGCCAAGAAUUCCUAUAAUGAUGCCCUCCUCACGUUUGUCUGGAAACUGGUUGCAAACUUCCGAAGAGGCUUCCGGAAGGAAGACAGAAAUGGCCGGGACGAGAUGGACAUAGAACUCCACGACGUGUCUCCUAUUACUCGGCACCCCCUGCAAGCUCUCUUCAUCUGGGCCAUUCUUCAGAACAAGAAGGAACUCUCCAAAGUCAUCUGGGAGCAGACCAGGGGCUGCACUCUGGCAGCCUUGGGAGCCAGCAAGCUUCUGAAGACUCUGGCCAAAGUGAAGAACGACAUCAAUGCUGCUGGGGAGUCCGAGGAGCUGGCUAAUGAGUACGAGACCCGGGCUGUCGAGCUGUUCACUGAGUGUUACAGCAGCGAUGAAGACUUGGCAGAACAGCUGCUGGUCUAUUCCUGUGAAGCCUGGGGUGGAAGCAACUGUCUGGAGCUAGCGGUGGAGGCCACAGACCAGCAUUUCAUCGCCCAGCCUGGGGUCCAGAAUUUUCUUUCUAAGCAAUGGUAUGGAGAGAUUUCACGAGACACCAAGAACUGGAAGAUUAUCCUGUGUCUCUUUAUUAUACCCUUGGUGGGCUGUGGCUUUGUAUCAUUUAGGAAGAAGCCUGUUGACAAGCACAAGAAGCUGCUUUGGCACUAUGUGGCGUUCUUCACCUCCCCCUUCGUGGUCUUCUCCUGGAACGUGGUCUUCUACAUCGCCUUCCUCCUGCUGUUUGCCUACGUGCUGCUCAUGGAUUUCCAUUCGGUGCCACACCCCCCCGAGCUGGUCCUGUACGCACUGGUCUUUGUCCUCUUCUGUGAUGAAGUGAGACAGUGGUACAUAAAUGGGGUGAAUUAUUUUACUGACCUGUGGAAUGUUAUGGACACGCUGGGGCUUUUUUACUUCAUAGCAGGAAUUGUAUUUCGGCUCCACUCUUCUAAUAAAAGCUCUUUGUAUUCUGGACGAGUCAUUUUCUGUCUGGACUACAUUAUUUUCACUCUAAGAUUGAUCCACAUUUUUACUGUAAGCAGAAACUUAGGACCCAAGAUUAUAAUGCUGCAGAGGAUGCUCAUCGAUGUGUUCUUCUUCCUGUUCCUCUUUGCGGUGUGGAUGGUGGCCUUCGGCGUGGCCAGGCAAGGGAUCCUCAGGCAGAACGAGCAGCGCUGGAGGUGGAUAUUCCGUUCGGUCAUCUAUGAGCCCUACCUGGCCAUGUUCGGCCAGGUGCCCAGUGACGUGGACGGUACCACAUAUGACUUUGCCCACUGCACCUUCACUGGGAAUGAGUCCAAGCCACUGUGCGUGGAGCUGGAUGAGCACAACCUGCCCCGGUUCCCUGAGUGGGUCACCAUCCCCCUGGUGUGUAUCUACAUGUUAUCCACCAACAUCCUGCUGGUCAACCUGCUGGUCGCCAUGUUUGGCUACACGGUGGGCACCGUCCAGGAGAACAAUGACCAGGUCUGGAAGUUCCAGAGGUACUUCCUGGUGCAGGAGUACUGUAGCCGCCUCAAUAUCCCCUUCCCCUUCGUCGUCUUCGCUUACUUCUACAUGGUGGUGAAGAAGUGCUUCAAGUGUUGCUGUAAGGAGAGAAACAUGGAGUCUUCUGUCUGCUGUGAGUGGUUUAUCCAUGUGGGCUUGGGAUCAGAAGCAGCGAUUAAUUUCAGGGAAGGAUGCCUGGUGUGUAUCUCAACAGGAAGGAGUUAUUCACAAGUUCUUUCACUGUUCACAUCUAUACAUCUGUAAAGAUCAGGCAUCAGGCCAACCAAUGAAUUGCCCUAGAGGAAGCGUAGAUGAAGAAAGCACUGUGGAACUGCUGGGAUAGCCUACUUUGCGGGGAAUGAAUGACUUUGGGACAGAUCGUGUAAUAAUGUAAAUAGUAUGUUGAACAGGCAGAAUUCAUGGGAUAGUGUCCAAUCAUGACUUUGUUUUUGCUUUUCAUUGUUCCCAUGAAAUGUAUUCUCUAGGAACCUUUAAACCUGACUCCAGCAGGGUCUGUGACUCUUCUUAGGAAAAUGGAAAAUCUUACAAUUGUUUUACUUGAGAAAACAUCAUCUCAGUUUAGAAAUAGAAACAUGUGGCCGGACGCGGUGGCUCAUGCCUAUAAUCCCAGCACUUUGGGAGGUUGAGGCGGGUGGAUUGCCUGAGCUCAUGAGUUCGUGACCAGCCUGGGCAACACGGUGAAACUCCAUCUCUACUAAAAUACAAAAAAGUUAGCCGGGCGUGGCGGUGUGCGCCUGUAGUCCCAGCUACUCGGGAGGCUGAGGCAGGAGAAUUGCUUGAACCUGGGAGGUGGAGCUUGCAGUGAGCUGAGAUAACACCACUGCCCUCCAACCUGGGCAACAGAGUGAGACUCCAUCU